UUGCGCCCACCUCAUACCAAGCUCCCCUCAGGUCUCAUCUUUUUUGUUAGAGCCGUAAUCGCUGUGCCCACUCCUCCACCUGUUUCUUUUCUCCACAACACCCAGUCGCGCCAUAAUAACAAGUUAUACCUCCCUCCACCCAGAAAGUCCACCCAGCUGUGCGCAGUCCCUAGUUCCGCUUCUGCUUGUUGUCUCUCUGCACGUGCCUUCCCCUCUCCCGCCAUGGCUCAGGAGAGCUGGGAAAGAGAGCAGGGCUCAGCUGGUUGCAAGCAAUCCGACCGGAACAUCCUCUGCGCCAACAACUGCGGCUUCUUCGGAAGCGCCGCGACGCUCAACAUGUGCUCGCAGUGCUACAGCGAGCACGUAGCCAAGACCAUGCAGGCCGCCGCCGCUACAACAACAGCAACAACAGCAACAGCUGCAACCUCUUCCAACUCCACCCUUUCCGCCAGCCCUCCGCGCUCCGACUCUCCGGUAAUCUUUCGAACCGACCCUUGCCCAAGCGGCGCUACUAGCGGCAGCAGCGGCGGAAACGGCGCCACGCCCUCGAGCGCUGGAGACGCGGAGAGCAUCCAGCGGACGAGUCUGAGCACCCGCGUCAUGCCAGCUGAGCCGCGCGGAGAUUCGUUUCUGAACAGGAAGGCGGAGGUUGACGUACGCGGGCAAACGCAGCAGCCUGCGCUGUCGAGUAUCGACACCCGCGCCUCGUCUGCUUCUCCUUCCGUCGCUGCCUCUGCCGCUGCCGCUGCCGCUGCGGUGACGAGUGUCGUCCCCGCUCCCGCGAAGCCGUCGAGCAGCAGCAGUCGCGCGAUUCGGUGCACGUCGUGCAAACGGCGGGUGGGACUGACGGGGUUCAAGUGUCGGUGCGGAGACAUGUUCUGCGCGAUUCACAGGUACUCGGACAAGCACGCGUGCUCGUUCGACUACAAGUCGGCGGGUCGCGAGGCCAUCGCGAAGGCGAAUCCCGUCGUUAAAGCGGACAAGGUGGCGAGGUUCUGAUAUGGAGGAAGAAAGGGCGUAAUGGCUGAGGGGCUGUGGACAUAUAUGCACGAUUUGGAGUCGGGAAAGCGGGCAAGGUGGCGGUUGCUGGUAGCUGAGAGGCGCGCGACGGACGGACUGAACAGACGUGGAUGACUUGAAACGCCGUUAGUGGGGUGUCGUCGCCGUGUCGCCGUGUCGCGAUGCGCGAUGUCGUGAAGGCACGAGGAAAGGGGAAGAUAGUGCGUUGAUGGUCCGCCCCUGUGUUGCGUUGCGAGAGUCGCUGGCACGUUCACUCGCCGCACUUGCUGGUUUGCUCGCCGCACUUGCCGGUUCGCCUAAUGCCUCCUGGGUUUCCCACGCCCGCUAUUUUCUCUAGCCUGCCUUCCUUAUCCCCCUUACUCUACGCCGCUUGUUUCUUUUGCGUGUGAUACUGCUACCACGCGGAACAUACUUACAUCCAGAAUCCCUGUAGAUUGUUUUUAUUCCAACAAUUUUCAGUGUUUCACAAUUACCA